GUUAGUUGGCUCUCUGGACCUGCUGGGAAAUGUCUACGAGGCUUGCGGAGGCGACCGGAAGGACUGGAGUCUCUUCGUUGUCGGGGCGGACAAGCCGGACGCUGUUCCGGAGCAGUGUAACCGAGAAGCAGCCGGGAAGAUGGAGGCCAUGCGUGGCCAAGGUCCCUGGCCGAACUUUGUCUACCAUCUUCGGAACAACCAUCCCGUGUUUGGCGUGUUCUGCUGCGAGCACGGACAUCCCUUCAGCCCUGUUGAGAGGAUGGGCUUGCUGGUGCUGCUUCUUAGCUUCGCUUACUUCAUGGCCGGAUUGAAGGUGAAGUUUGUUGACUAUACGAAGCACACGCACUGGAAUGACCAAUGGGACUGGCUGUGGAUCGACUGCUACUCAUUGCUGUGCAUAACCCUGCCCAGCAUGGUCCUGCAGACCAUGCUGAAGUAUUUCGCAUUGUUGAACUACAAGUAUGUGCUGAACAAGUACAGCUACUUUGCAAAGGUGAGAGACCAGCGCUGCCGUUCCUUUGCCAGGCAGUUCUGCGCUGACCGCGGUCUUGGCAUCGAGCGGCCUCGGACUCAUCGGCAGCAAGGUACUGGCUUCGGUGGCUUCGGGGAUUGUGACUGCCUCGAGAAGUGUUGCAAGCUCUUCUGCAAGCUCUCCGACGCUUGCAAGGCCUGCAACAACUCCUGUGAAGAUGGAAAAGCGCAAGCUGUCAACUCGCUUUUCGCCAGCCUCUUUGCCGGGCUGGCCUUUGCUGGGUCCUGUGUCUUCGUCGUCCUUGGGAUCCGCCUCGACAUGGAC